CCCCCGACUCCCGGCCGGUCCCGGGGGGCCCGGGGCCCCUAGGCGCCCCUCUCCCUCCGCCGCGCCCAGCCCUGCCAGCCAUGGGCUCCCCCCAGGCCGGGCUCAUGCUGCGGCUGGCGGGCAAGAACUUGGCGAUGUACGGGGGCCCCUUCCCGGAACCGGCGCCGCCGCCCGGGCCCCUGCCCGCUCCUCCUCCGUCUCCCUCUCCCUCUCCUCCUCCGCCGCCGCCCACGGGGCCCGAGGGCACGGUGCUCCUCCGGCGGGCCGACGCCCUGGCGUCCGGGGGCCGCCUGCCCGAAGCCUUCGAGCUGUACCAGCUGCUGUGUCACCAACGCCAGCUGCGCGCCGAGCAGCUGGGGCCCCUGGUGCGGCGGCUGGCCGAGGCCAUCCGGCGCAAGGAGCGCCUGGCGCCCGCCGCCCCGGGGCCCCCGGGGGCCCCGUGGGACGGGUUCCGAUGCCGCAAGUGCCAGGGCUUCCUCUGCGAGCCCGUGUCGCUGCCCUGCGGGCACACGUUCUGCAAACUCUGCCUGGAGCGCCAGCGGCCGGGCCGGCGGCGCUGCGCGCUGUGCAACGCGCCCGCCGCGGGGAGGCCGUUGCCCACGUCGCCGUCGCCGCCGCCGCCGCCGCCGCCGCCCCUGCGGGUCAAUGUCAUCCUCAGCAACCUGCUGACCAAGUGGUUCCCCGGCCCGGCCCGGGCAUCGCGGCUCCGCCACGAAGGGAACCGCCUCUACCGGGAGCGCAAGCUGGAGGCGGCGCUGCACAAGUACAACGAGGCCGUCAGCCUGGCUCCAAAUGAUCACUUGCUGUAUAGCAACCGGUCUCAGAUCAACUCUACCUUACAGUCCCGAGAGGAUGCACUGCGUGAUGCGGAAAUGGCCUGCAAGCUCCGACCACACUGGCUGAAGGGUCGCUUGCGGAAAGGACAAGCGUUGGCUAAUUUGGGGAAAAUAGAAGAAGCCUUAAGGGAGUUUCUGUUCUGCGUUGCCCUAGAUGGGGGAAACAGGAUGGCCAAAUUUGAAGCCCAGAAGCUUCUAUUUAGUUUAUUUUCACCUCUUCCGGAAAAUGCUCAGGAACAUUUUCCUGAUAUCCUGCAGCUGCUGUCGCAUCACCCUAGACUAAAGGGGAAUCUCCUAAAUUCCCUGGGAUCAGGAGGCACCAGUCAUCACCUUCAAAAGUUAUUCGAGAUAAAUAUGGAACAGCGCAAAGGUCAUCCUGUUCAGAAGGAAUCAGUAUUGAUAGGCUGCAGUAGUUUGAAAAAAACAGUUCAAGGGAUGGACAGCAAAAGAGACUACUUGGAGGAGGAGGAGAAGGAGGAGGGGGAAGCGGAGGAGAGUGAACAGGGGCUGAUUGCCAAGCCCACUGUGCGGAUCUCUGAAAAGUGCCACCUGCUGAAGAGGAAGCACUGUGCCUCGGAGCCCCAGUGUCCCAAGAUGCCAAGCAAAGUUUCAAAGAAAGAUCCAUCUGAUGCCAAGGGGAGAGAGCCCACUCACUGUGUUCCAUGUGAAUCUUUCGACCCAUCUGAUCUCGACUGUUCUCUGUGUAUGAGACUUUUCUACGAACCUGUCACCACCCCUUGUGGACACACCUUCUGCCUGAAAUGUCUUGAAAGAUGCCUUGAUCAUAACCCCAAGUGUCCCCUGUGCAAAGAAGGCCUUUCAGAGUGCUUGGCUAUGAGGAAGUAUUGUAAAACUGUGAUAAUGGAAGAGUUGAUAGCCAAAUACCUUCCAGAAGAACUCACUGAGAGAAAGAAAGUCUAUGAAGAAGAAAUUGAAGAACUUUCUAAUUUAAACAAAAACGUUCCUAUAUUUGUCUGCACUAUGGCCUACCCUACUGUCCCAUGUCCUUUGCACAUCUUUGAGCCCUGCUACCGUCUGAUGAUUCGCCGAUGCAUGGAGACUGGGACAAAACAGUUUGGAAUGUGCAUUGGCGAUCCCAUCAAGGGGUUUGCGGAUUAUGGCUGCAUCCUAGAGAUAAGAAAUGUCGAAUUUUUUGCGGAUGGCCGCUCUGUCGUGGAUAGUAUUGGCAAGAGGAGAUUCAAAGUGAUUCAGCAUAGUCAGCGGGAUGGCUAUAACACGGCCGAUAUCGAGUACAUUGAGGAUCAAAAGGUUCAAGGAGAAGACUAUGCUGAGUUACUGGGCCUGCACGACUCUGUUUAUGAUCAAGCAUUUAUGUGGUUUAAUUCACUCAAACAAGCACUCAAGAGUCGGAUUCUGAGUCACUUUGGUCCAAUGCCAGCGAAGGAUCCUGACCCACAGGCUAACCCCAAUGGCCCAGCCUGGUGCUGGUGGGUUUUGGCAGUUCUCCCACUGGAAAGCCGAGCUCAGCUCCCCUUCCUCGCCAUGAAGUCCCUUAAAGAUCGCCUGAAUGGCAUCCGGAGGGUCCUGACGUUCAUGUCCCGAAGCCGAAGUCGGUGAUGUCGGAAGAGCUGCGGAGGCGCUCCUGCCCGCCCGGACUUUGGGAGUUUGGCUUGUGAAUAUUUCGAAUUGCAAUAAUGUCUUAACAGAGUGGAGUGUCAAAAUUGGGACCCCCUAUGGUGCCCAUUGCAAAGAGAAACCUAGUUGAAUGCCAAAAGGCUGUUGACAAGGUAGAGUUUCCCUGGGAUACUUUUAGAACUGUCUUCAGAUUAUCGUUCAGUUGCUGCGCUGCUACCAGUAUCCUAGAACAAGACAUAAAGUGAUCUUGUUUGCCAUAAACUCUUUGGAAAGUUUAAAGGGGUUUUUAUUUUCUAGGUAGUUUUUGGAGUAGAUGAAUGGCUGUGUGGUUUAAUGUGAAGCAGAAAUACUAAUAAUGUUGAAACAUUAUUUCAGUGACCUGCGCUCUUAUUCCAAAUGGUUCAGGUUUUAUAUAGCUUUCUGUAAAAUAAUGUUCACUACUUCUGUUUUAAUAAUUUAUUUUUGCACUACAGUGUCUUUUUUUGGUUUCUAAAUGUAUAUUACUGUUUAUGUGCACAUUAUCAAAAAAGUGAGCUGCUCUAUUUAUUUAUGUUUACCCUGUCAAAAAGACUAGGGAAAAAUCAUACUAGGAAAACACAGCCUCCUGGUUUGGAUCAUAUUCUAUUCCCUUCCUGGCCCAGUUCUUGGAAUGUUUUUUUCUUCUUUUGCCCACAUUGAAUCUAGUGAUUCCGUCCCUUCUAACAGACACUGCAGGAAGCAAUCUACACAUUUCAUUUUUGUUCCUUUUCUUUCAUAAAGAAAACAGCUUGAUUUGGCCCAGAUGAAGAAAGUACACAACAGAGUGAAGCAAAAGACAGCGUUUAAAGUAUAAUUAGCGAGAACAGGAAGGAGUUGCAGCUGAAGAGGCUACGCCCCAUUCUCCCAUAACAUAUGUUUUCACUCCAUGCUUUGGAAAGAAAUAGGGGACGUUCUCCUGAUAACACGUGCCUGCCUGGUUAAAACGUGUCAGUAGAAACGAUUAUGCACAUGUAUUGGUGUAGGUCAAGAAGUGGCAAGGACUAUAGUAAUACAAGUUUACCUUUUACAUAGCUUCAGGAAAAGAUAUGUCUAGUAAAUGGGAGUUUUUCAGUACAUGGCAACUCAUCAUAUCAACCCAGAUACCUUAUACUUUUAAGUGAAAACAGCAGUGGAGAUUUGGGAAGGACAGCCAGGAGGGAUCACCCCCAUUCAGGGCCUCUCUAACUACUAUUUCCCCACUUUUUACUAGCUACAAACACUUGUCUGUAGAGGUAAUAGCUAACCCCCAAAAGAGAACUUCAUGCAUGAAUACUUAAUAUGGAAAUAGGAGGGAGCUUUAAUGGGGUGGAACACAUUUGAAAGAGAAUUUUCUUUUCUUUUAAUGUCUAUUAACUCAGAUUUUCAUUUUUUUUCCCUGGGAAAGACCCUAAAGAACCGUUUUUUGAAAAUUAUUUUUGGGUAGGAAUGUCUCCUUUUGUACAGAAUCUGCAUGGGACAAAUCUAAUAAUGUUAAACACCGAACUAACAAAAGCAAAGAUUGCAGCAGAUAGAAAAUAGAACAUUUUUGGAGCCACGUGCUACUAGUUCUGCCUCAGAGGCUGCCUGGGAACCAGGGCACCAGCCUGUCCUACGAAUGACAGAGCAUUUCAGGCUUUUCCCAUUGGCCCACUGACACCCUGGGUAAACUCAAAGCAUCUCCAGAAUCCAGGCAAGUAGGCGGGUGUAGGGGGAGAGGAGCGAGAGGAUGGGAGAAGCACACCUGAACAGCUCAAAUAACUGGGUGGACUGUCAGGCCAAUCAAGAGACACUUAGGCAACAAUUUCCAUAGUAAAAAUGUCCUGUUAGAAUGAGCACAGGUUAUUUUACUUUUAUCCCUUCAAUGCUGACCAAAAUCCCUAGUAAUAUAUCAUAUCAUUAGCAGGCUAGCAUAUCAGAUAUUUAUUAAUGUCAUUAAGAGACAGGGGAAUCACUGAAUUUUUUUCCAGUCUGUCAUUAGGUUUGUUCCACAUCAAACCAACCACAGCAAUAGGAAGUCUGACCCCUGUGCCAAGUUUCCACUGAUGGUUUUCCAACUACUUAAUACUAACAAAAUUCCUGAAAGGGGAGUGGUGUCAAGAUAGCAAAAGAGAAACAUUUGGAGUAGACCAAAAAUGAAUUGUACUUUGUACCCUUUAAAUGGAAUGCAUAUCACCCCACUGGCCCAAACUGUCAUUCUCUUCAACAUACGAGUGAGAAUAUAUGGCUCAUUCUUCCCCAGAAGAUCAUUCAGUUCCAGUUAAAAGAUUGCAGAAGUUGAUUAUGUCUUCUCUUUGCAAAGAAUGACUAGAAUGGUACCUAAAUUGCUGAUGCACAGGUCCCAUGCUCUGCACACAGUAAGCACUCAAUAAAUACGAUUGAAUGAAUGAAUAAUUUUCUCAUUUUGCCAAUCUCAGGACCCAGGAUAUUGGCUCAAGCAUUCUGUUGGCCCAGUGUGAUGGUAUUUGUGAGCCUGGGCUGGUUUAUAGAAAAGAUCGGUGUGCUAGCCAAGCAACUGCCAAGCAACUGGCUCUUCUGGAAGACAUUCAAAAUUAAAGUCCUGAACUUGGCUUUUGAUGGCCUUAUUUAGGGAGCUGGUUUUUUAUAACGUAGUUAUAAAGACUUCAGGAAAUAGCUUGUAUCUCCACUUACUCUGACAAAAAAAGCAGGCUUUCAACUAAGUGCCAAAUUUUGAAGUACUCCAAAUUGAUUAGUGCCCAAAUUGACUCUGAUUUCAUUAAGAACUAGAUCAACUGUCCUAAUUACCAAAACUGAAAUCUUUUCAUGGGACUAAUGUAAAAUGAGGUGAAAGGUAAGGCCUCCACAAAAGUUUAUUUUCUUUGAGCAGGCGUAUCUGAGCAGGUGGUUUUCCUCCUUGGACACUGGUCCUAUCUAUCACUUUCGAAUGAAGUUCUCAGUGAAAACUAGUUUGAUCGAAUCGAAGGACACUGAUCUCAAUGAUGGUGUUAAAUUUAGUAAAUUAGUGCCUAAGUGUGAUUGCAGGUAAAAAUCAACUUUCACGCCUUUUGACUUGUACCCUACUUUGCUGUUUACAAAUAUCCAACAAUAUUUAUUUGAUGCUGUAAAGACUGUAAGCUGGUCGUGGGCAGGGAAUGUGUCUAAUAACUGUUGAAUUCUUUCCCAAGUGUUUAGUAUAGUGUUCGGGGCAAAGUAAGCGCUUAAUAAACACCUUUGAUUGAUUGAUUGAAAAGUCUUCACCUAGCGAAUGACCAUUUUGCCUCUCUGACGGAAAAGAAAGGGGAAGAUAUUGAGCACUGAAUUUAGUAUGCCGAGAAUUUGUAUUUCCUAAAGAUAAUUUGCCUUUCCUGAGACUACACUUGCUUAGCCUCUUGCUGCCAGGAGUGAGAAUUUCCUCUUUGGAGGAGGGUGGAUGGUUUUUUUCAUUGGGUGUUUGGUACAUAUCGAAAUUCCACCUUUCUGCAGGGGAAUGGAUCUGGUUCAUGUAGCCAUCCUAGUCAGAAGGGCUCUAGCAGCUUGUUUACAACAUAACCGAAUUAUUGAUUUGUAAUCUGAAGGGUCUUUUAAUUUCAGUUGAAAGCGGCACUUUUUGAUGGGUCUGGACUAAUCAAGAUUGAAGCUAAGGUGGAGUGAGGAAUUGAGCUGAAUUUAAUGAGGGCUUCAGUGUUUUGGAGCUUAGGUUUAUUUUGGAAUUAAUUUAUUACAGUUUACUAAUAAAUACUUCAGACUUCAGAAACACAAUCAAGAAGCAUUACCGUUUUGAAGGAUGUUUUAAGCUCAGUAUAUGGGCCUGAGGAACCUAGUUAUGAUAAAAAAGAUUUGUGCUUGAAACAUAGCAGACUUUACUGACUCAAUUCUGUGCCCUUCACCAAAUGCAGAGAAAAUGGAAUACAAAGAGCUCAUAUUCAGUGGAUGAAUAAUAUUUAACUGAAGAAUGUGCUUCCACAGCUAAUUACAUUGUUGAAAUAUUUCCUGGGGGUAUACAUAGGGAGAAAUGCUCACUAAUGAAAGAUGGGCAUUUUCACUGAGCAUAAAUGAAUAUUUAGAGAGAAGUGCCUGUAUUUCAGUUUCUGGUUGCACCGUUUGGCUUGUCAUCAAUGUAGCCUUACAGUAGAUUUAAUUAAAAAAGGUUUACGAAGCAACCCAGUAGCUAAAACCAAUUUGAAAAUGUUCAUUCUUUGCAUUUAGCUAUUGUCAGGAAAAACUUUGAGAAACAGGUCAAUGUGGGGCCAUAGACCUCUUCUAGAUAAAAUAUUUCCAUCAAGCUGUGGAGCUCCAAUAGUGCCAUGAUUAAAAUGUCAGUUAAGCCAUUUAAAGUGAUACGCUUUGUGUACGCUUGUGUAUUCCAUCGUUUAUGAAGCAGCCCUGUUAUUCUUGCACUGUAAUGAACUUGAAGGGACAUUUAGUUAAUGCUCGUAUCACAUUACUGUUCAACUACCUCUAUAUAUGAUUGAUUUUUAAAGGUUUGUUUUUUUGUCCAAACAUGUUCAAAAUAAAACAAGAAGUUUCA